UGUAAUCCACCACCAACACAUGAAACAGAUAAACGAAAGCAUAAUCAACUACUAUGUGAAACAACAAAUCAUAUCAAGCAAAAGCGUAAUCAACCACCAACAUAUGAAAUAGCAAUUAAACGAAAGC